GGUGAAGGCAAGCUUCGAUACCAUCUCUGAGGUGCCAUGUAUCCGCCGAGCCGCCGUCCGCCUCCUCCGCCUUCGCUCUCUGACUUCAUCGCAGCGCCGUCACGACAACAGCCUCCUGCAGGCGCCAGGCGACCUGUCGUGCCUACCAGGAAGACCGACUGGACAGUAGAAAGCGACAAGAUCACGAGGUGCGCUGACACGGCGACAGCGACGUGCGUCUUGGUUCUCGUCUGACGUGUGCUGAUCCGAUCUGCUGUCUGCAGGCGAUACCGUUCAUCGAUUCAGUGGGAGAGCGAGCACUGCUUCCAGCUUCGACACAUGCCCACAGAUCCGCGGACUGACUGGGAGAGGAUACCGCCAGACGGCCUGGGUUUCAGGGUUGUCGUGCCAUCCAAGUACCCGGAAUCGGCUGCCAUGCUCCAAGUGACCGAUGCAGAGGUGCCUGACGAGGCGCGUGCGGUCAUCUCGAAGCUGUUUGCUGAGUUUUACGAGAAGAAGAAGGGCAGCUGCAUCGACUUCGUGUAUGAGGGCUUGAAGUACGUGGAUCGCUUUCUGGGAGAGGUCUUCGCCCCACGGCCUCCACCACCGCCGCCUGAGUCUGAGCCGGCCCCGACUGAGCAUGUGGAGGCAGCAGCUGCUCCAGCAGACCCGGCAAGAUGGAGCCCUGACGAACAACGAAGGUGAGAGGAGGACAGGACAGAGUACACCCACCUCCCAUCAUCACAUCACAUGUGUGUGUUCCCAUCCAUCGAUCCACCUACCCAUCCGUCCGUCCGUCCAUCAGGUUGGAGGAGGCAUUGACCGAGUUUCGAUCCAUCGACAACCCCAUCGACAAGUGGCGUCAAAUCAGUCAGCGUGUGGGCGGUGGCCGGACCGCCCGCCAGUGUGCGGAGCGCUUCAAGGUGUGCCGCGCGGCCAUCCUCGCCAACGAGCAUCGACACCUGCAGCAGGAGGACCAACAAGAGGAGGAGGAUAAGAGCGGGCUAGAGGAGUCGUCAGAGGACGGUGUGUCAGAGGGGGCCGAUGAGGCCGGGGCUGGAGAAGGGGAGGAAGAGGGGGAAGGUACAGCUGGCGCAGGGGGUGGAGGGGAGGCGGCCAAGCGCGUGGCUGGCGGGGUGGACAUCUCGCUCGUGGGGCUGCAGCUGGUGGGGGUGAGUGUCGUGCAUCUGGCAGCCAUCAGGUGAGUCAGUGAGGGCACGCUUCCGGCCGUGUGAGUAACAGCCUGCAUCUGCCUGUAUGUGUGUGUGGUUGCAUUAGGCUGCAGCUCUCGUGUGGUCGCUGCAAGACGGCAUCUGACGUCAACAUGAGCUUCCCAAAGGACGGAACAACACUCGCACCAGCAGGUAUGUCUGUAUGUAUGUCACCCGACUGACUCAUCAAUCCCCAGCCAGACAAUCUGCUGACCUUCUUUCUGCGUGUUCAGGGACGGGUGUGGAGUGCCCUCAGUGUCACCUUCGGUUGAUUGUCAAGGUGCAUCCGCGGAUGGCCCACCAGAACAGCUCCCUCAUCGCCAUCGCACAGCCGCUCUCGUGCGUCGUCAGGGACCUCCUCCCAUCAGACUACAUCCUCACCUGCACCAACUGCUCGGCGUCAUCGCGCAUGAAGGAAGUCUUCUCUGGUGAGUGAGUGAGUGCAUCCAUUUCAUCUCAUCUAUGGAAAUCAUGUGUGUGAUCUCUCCACUUUGUGUGUUUGCAGGUGUCACACGAACGUCUGUCUGUCGGCACUGCCACAGCAAGAUGGCGAUCUCCUUCUCGUCCGUGGCCAUCGGCAUGCAGCCCGACACAUCAGCCACAGGGGCCGACCUGGCCGCGCUGCUUAAGCAGCUGGACAUCGAUGGAGGCAAGAAGAAAAAGGGCGACGAGUUCGUCAUCCGAGUGGGCACCCCGCUGCCCGACAACGGCACGUGCAAGCACUACAAGAAGUCCUAUAGGUGGCUGAGGUUCCCCUGCUGUGGUAAGGCAUACCCAUGCGACGUGUGCCACAACGAGGCGGCCGACCAUGAGUGCGAGUGGGCCACACGCAUGAUAUGCGGCUUCUGCUCGAGGGAACAGGUGGGUGGGUGGGCGGCCGCUGCAGGGUGUGUGUGAAGCAUGUGUACGUUCGCUUCUGUUCAGCCCUACUCGCAAAAGCCAUGCGUGUGCGGCGCUUCCAUGACGCGCAAGACCACCACACACUGGGAGGUACGAGAGCGAGGCAACAGCUGAAGGGAGGCUGCACACACGCCGUGUGCACGUGUUGUUGUCUGGUCUGCAGGGUGGGAAGGGCUGCCGUGACGCCAGCAAGAUGUCGAGCAAGGACAGCCACAAAUGGAGGCUGCUCAGCAGACAGAAACAGGCCAUGGAGGCUGCCGCUGCCAAGAAGAAAAAGUGACCUCACGAGACGAGACUCUUUUUGUCGCGUGCUGGGGGAGGGGUCGAGUGCAGCACAGCACUUUUAUGAGUGAAGGGGCCAGUCAGUGCUAGUUGCGUCGUUUUGCUGUUUGGCAGUGGCCGCGACGAUUGUAUGGCAUUCGUGUCUGUCAUUCCUUCGUUGUGUCUCUCCAAACGAGGGCGAUCGAAGGGGCCGUGCGGUGUAUGUGUUUAUGGCGUGGCGUAUGUAAGUUACCUGACUGCAUGGUGCAUGAAAGUGACAUCAAUGAACGCAUGUAUCGACUUGGCAUGAGAUUCUUU